UGUUUUGCAUUCAGAAUAUUGUUUUAUUUCUUCCCCUUCGAUUCACUCGGCACAACUGGUUGUCUCAUUCAGAAUGUGUUAUGCAUUUCUCAUUUUACUGAAAAAAAUAACCUCAGUCUUUUCUAUUGGUCAACUGAUCUUUGUUUCCUCUUCUCGGCACAUCUUUCAUUGUACAUCUACUAGAAAAAUUGAAAAAUACAAGAAACCUAGUGAAACUUUCGCUCCGAAAAAUCUUAACGAAAUUACUUUUGUGAUGUUAUAAACUUAAUUCCAUUCACCUAUCGUACUAUCAUCUCCAAACACGGCUUCGCCUUUUCUUAUUGAUGCAUGCUUGCAUGACCACGCAACACGUGAUCGAUUUCAUGUGAUCUUCAAACAGAUGUGCCUGGCUGAUAGUGUUUGAAAUGAAUCAUGAAAUGAGACCAUAUGUAAGCAACAAAUUUGUUUCAUCUCCAAAUACAAUGUUUGACUCAUUAAGAUUAAAACAGGAUUGGAAAACAUUUUUUCAGCUUUUUUUUCUUCUGAGAUAAUUAUUCUUCUUCAUUUUACUUGAACCUUGCCAACCUCUAAGUGAUAGUUUUGUAGAUAUAGACAAUCCAUAUUUGUGAAUUUGUAAAGAUCAAAGUCCUUGGAUAAUGAGAAACGGUUGUUUGUGAGGCUUAUCGCGACAGCGAUUUGUUUACGCUGCCCUAUCUUGAUUUCUCAAGACUCAGUCAGUUGGUUCACAGAAUCUACAUCUAUAACAGCUCGCAUCACAUCUCACAACCCUACUUAAGGUUUCCUGCACAUUUCGCCGCUUGACUGCAUAAUAAGAUUUUUUAAUUUUUUUUUUUCAAUCUGUAUCAAUCAACGUGAUAAGUUUUUUAUAUCAUGAUGCACAAUGGGCACAAUUUUCUCAGAACCGCGGAAGAAGAAAGUCUACUGGAAUUAUUCGAUACCUGUAAAAGAGACAAGCAGCACAAACCUAGACGAAUUCGCUCGCGUGUUCGCUACUGGCUAAACGACAUCGUCGAUGAGAUGCGUAAGAAAAGUCCGGCCUCCGUCCAAAAAUGGGUGGAUUCCAUACAAAUACCGCCAGCGGAGAGCACCGGAGUCGAUCAAAUGGAAGCUGGGCCAUCCUGCCCUAUACAGAUAGCAGUCCCAGCAGUUGACCCAACAUCCCAACCUUCAAACCCCGAUGCAUUGCUGAUGGAACCGAUCCCGACAACGUUGGUUGGAGUUAGCGAUGAGUCCGGUUCCGAAAUGGAAGCAGAUGCAUUACCACACGUACUUACUACAAUUGAGCCUCCUCUUAUUUCGGCUGGUCCGAGCUGCUGUAGUGAAGAAGAAAAAAGCAUUGCUGGACCCCUCACUACACCCCUUGAUGGGAAGUCCGAUAGUGGCUCGUCCAUUUCUAUCAAAAGUUUACUGUCGAAAAAGAAUCUGUUGGAAAAGUUUAGUCGCAGCAGCUCGAAUUUGGAGCAGGAGAAUCUCUCCGUUGGUGAGCAAGACUUGUAUGUGACUCCCGAUGAAGAACCACGAAAAUCAAAUUCCAUAGCUUCGAUAGGAAAGAUUAAAAUAAAUGAGUUCUAUGAUAAACUGAGUAUGAACAAAGCAAAAUAUAGCUUGAUAAAAUCGAAAAAGAUCGAUAUCCGCAACAUGUUUGGCACAAGCAAAGAAAAUUUGGAUCAAAAAUUGCAGCCAUCUCAAUCGGAAGUGGACAAAGCUGUUGCUGUUUCAUUGGCAGUAUCAGUAGCCGAAGAUUCGGAAACGAGACCAAGUACUCAUACUGAAUCCGGUGAAGAAGAUGUCGACCCGAAAGUGAUUGAGCCAGAGCAGUGUGCGAAGCUUAGCAUGAGCGACAUCUAUGAGUUCUCCUUUGACGAAUCAUUCCCAAAAGAUGACGAUAUUCCUGAUGUCAGCGAGGAAGAUGAUGAAAAAGAGAACCUAGAAGUGCCACCACAAGCAUACGGAACCUAUCUCAAUCCGGCUAAAACCUACCACCGUAUGGGAAUCGGUAAAAUCGGUCGAAGCUCCAGCGAAAAUCCUCGUGCCAAUAACAAACGGUACAAUCUGCUUGAAAUUGGGCGCAGUUUCAGCGAAAUGAACGACGACGAUCAGUUUGUCAUCAGCGAAUGUAACAACAGUUGCCCAAACCCAUCUUCGCUCAACACCAGUUCUAGCAUAAACAAUAGCAAUAGCAAUAUGUUGGCUUGUUCGGUUCCAGUUAGUCCCAUUCCGCGUACUUCUAGCAAGCUCAGUAUUCAGCAGGACAACUCUUUGUCCGAAUCUCCUCGGCGACGCAGCACUAUGCUGAUGAAGGACAGUUCGCUGCAGUCAGACUCUAGCCGCUGCUCUAGUGUGGAAAGUUUAUUGAAUGCUCGGAAGCCGGAUCCGGAACGUAUUCUGUUGAACUUGGGCUUUGGCCCAGCAGCUCACAACACAGAUGUUCUAUCGAGAAUUCCUAAAAGAUUUCUUAAACCAUCUCAAGUCCGCGGGGUCGAUACGGAAGCAUUUCUUCGCCAGCAACACCUCUCGAUGCAUAUCCACGAAAACAGUGUCCUAGGAUAUCGUGGACUAGUCGGUAAGUGUAAUCCCUUUUUUUCCAAUUUAAGGCUACUCUAAAAAUGUC